CAUUGGUAACGGAUGUGAGAUCAGCCUGGUUUCCAGUUUAGCGGGAGAUUCGGAGUUGGGUCCGCUGCUUUUAGGCGGAAGUGCCCCGGAUGAAUCGGGAGCCAGAAACUUGAACUGGAAUUGUGCUUUUGGGUGUCCUGCCCCGUUGCAAGCCGGGUCUCACUAGCUCCAGCGGUUCGGGAACCCGUUCCUGAGAUAACUACAAUGGAUCAGAAAAUUAUCUCUUUAGCAACAGAAAAAACAUCAGAGAAAUUGCAAGAAUUUCUGCAGUGCCUAAAAGAUGAUGAACUGACUGGUCUCCUUCAGAAGCAUGCAGUGAAAGGAAAAUCACCUGGAACACUGCUGAAAGGCAUCUUCAAGGGUUCUCCAUGUUCUGAGGAGGCUGGAGCUCUCAGGAGACUCAAAGUAUACAAAUAUUGUAUUCUAUUGGUGGAAUCGGGGGAUCUUCAUCGAGAAGUAGCAUCUGAGAUCACUGGGCUACUGAUGCUCGAGACUCACAGUUUGCCCGGCUCCUCACUGGUUGAGCUAGCCAAUGGAUUUGUCGAUGUUGUCAGGGAUGGCAGCUUGGUGAAUGGAAAGUCUUUGGAGUUAUUACCCAUUAUCCUCACUGCUCUGGCUACCAAAAAGGAAAACCUGGCUUAUGGAAAAGGGGAGCUAAAUGGCGAAGAAUAUAAGAAGCAGCUGAUUAAUACUCUCUGUUCUAGCAGAUGGGACCAGCAAUUUGUAAUCCAGCUUACUUCUAUGUUCAGGGAUGUCCCUCUAAGUAUAGAAGAGUUGGAAUUUGUGGUAGAAAAGGUCCUGAGGAUGCUCUCCAAGUUGGACCUCCAAGAGAUACCACCUUUGGUCUACCAGCUUCUGUUGCUUUCCUCUAAGGGAAGCAGGACGAAAGUUUUGGAAGGAAUUAUAGCCUUCUUCAGUCAGCUGGAUAAAUCACACAAAGAGGAACAGAGUGGUGAUGAACUAUUGGACCUUGUCACAGUACCUUCUGGUGAACUUCGUCAUGUGGAAGGCACUAUUAUCCUGCAUAUUGUGUUUGCCAUCAAGUUGGACCGGGAACUAGGCAGAGAACUCAUGAAACUUUUAAAGACUGGGCAACAACAAGGAGAUGCCAACAAGACUAUAUGUCCCUUUAGCAUUGCACUCUUACUCUCAGUAGCAAGAAUACAAAGAUUUGAAGAGCAGGUAUUUGACCUUCUGAAAACAUCAAUUCUCAAAAGUUUCAGGGACCUUCAGCUUCUCCAUGGCUCAAAGUUUCUGCAGAGUCUUGUUCCUCAAAAAUGUUGUAUCUCCACCAUGAUCCUAGAAGUGGUUAAGAAUAGUGUUCACAGCUGGGAUCAUGUAACCCAGGGUCUGGUAGAACUUGGUUUCAUUCUGAUGGACUCAUAUGGACCAAAAAAGAUCAUUGGAGGAAAAGUUACUGAAGCCAGCUUUGCUCCUUCUAAAACACCAUCUCAACAAGCAUGCAGACUAGGAGCUAAUAUUCUUUUAGAAACUUUUAAGAUCCAUGAGAUGAUAAGAAAAGAGAUUGUCGAGCAGGUCCUCAACAGGGUUGUUUCCAAGGCAUCCUCUCCCAUCAGUCAUUUUUUAGAUCUGCUAUCAAGUAUCAUCAUAUAUGCACCCUUGGUUCUUCAGAGUUGUUCUUCAAAAGUCACUGAAGCCUUUGACUAUUUGUCCUUUCUGCCCCUUCACACUGUGCAAGGAUUGCUCAAGGCAGUGCAGCCCCUUUUAAAAGUGAGCAUGUCGAUGAGAGAUUCCUUAAUACUUGUCCUCCGAAAAGCCAUGUUUGCCAAUCAGCUUAAUGCCCGAAAAUCUGCUGUGGCUGGGUUUUUGCUCUUAUUGAAGAAUUUUAAGGUUCUGGGCAGCUUGUCUUCAUCUCAGUGCAGUCAAAGUAUUGGUGCCACUCAGGUCCACGUGGAUGUUCAUAGCCGUUACAAUGCAGUUGCCAAUGAGGCUUUUUGUCUGGAGAUCUUAGAUAGCCUGAGAAGAUGCUUAGGUCAACAGGCUGAUGUUCGUCUCAUGCUUUAUGAGGGUUUUUAUGAUGUCCUUCGAAGGAAUUCUCAACUGGCUAAUACAGUAAUGCAUACUCUGCUCACUCAGCAGUUGAAACAGUAUUAUGAACCAAAACAUGACCUGCUACCUCCAUUGAAACUAGAAGCCUGUAUUCUAGCCCAGAGAGAUCAAAUCUUCCUUCAGGAACCACUGGCUCACCUGUUGUGCUGUAUCCAGCACUGUUUGGCAUGGUAUCGGAAUAAAGCAAUGCCCUUGCAGGAGGAAGAAGAGGAGGAAGAAGAGGAAGGAUUCCAGCAAGACUUAGAAGACAUGAUGGAGUCAAUUACCAAUCGAAUGAUCAAGAGUGAGCUAGAGGACUUUGAACUGGAUAAAUCAGCAGAUUUCUCUCAGGCCACUAGUGUUGGUAUCAAGAAUAAUAUCUAUGCUCUCCUAGUGAUGGGAGUGUGUGAGGUCCUAAUAGAAUAUAAUUUCAAUAUAGGCAAUUUCAGUAAAAAUAAGUUUGAGGAGAUUCUAAGCCUUUUUAAGUGUUAUAGCAGACUGUCUGAUAUCCUUAAGGAGAAAGCUGGGAAGGGCAAGUCUACAAUGGCUAACAAAACAGUUCGAAGUUUCCUGUCCAUGAAAUUUGUGUCUACUCUGCUUGUGGCUCUAUUCAGAGAUAGUUCCCAAAGCCAUGAAGAAAGUUUAUCUGUCCUGCGGUCCAAUAAUGAGUUCAUGCGAUAUGCUGUGAGUGUUGCCCUCCAGAAAGUGCAGCAACUAGAAGAGACAGGACAAGUGGAUGGUCCUGAUGGUCAGAAUAUGGACAGGAUAUUCCAGAACCUCUGUGAAAUCACUCGGGUCCUGCUGUGGAGGUAUACUUCAAUUCCCACUGCCGUUGAGGAGUCAGGAAAGAAGGAGAAGGGCAAGACCAUUUCUCUCCUGUGCUUAGAGGGCUUGCAGAAGAUCUUCCACACAGUCCAACAGUUCUUUCCUUCCAAGAUCCAUCAGUUCCUUCAGGCUCUCGAUAUUACCAACGAGGAUGAAGGAGAGGAAGAUAUUAAUAUUACCCAGAGAGCAACUUUCCAGAUUAGGCAGUUUCAGAGAUCUCUAGUGAACUUGCUCAGCAGCCAGGAUGAUGACUUCAAUAGUAAGGAGGCUCUCCUAUUAGUGACUAUUCUUUCCAGUUUGUCCAAGCUAUUGGAUCCUUCCUCACCUCAGCUUAUUCAGAUGCUCUCCUGGACCAUCAAGAUGUGCAAGGAAAACAGUCUGGAAGAUGCCUCAUUUUGCAAGGGCCUAAUGAGCCUUCUCUUCAGCCUCCAUGUUUUGUGCAAGAGUCCUGUUAGCCUGCUUCGUGAUCUGUCUCAAGAUAUCCAUGGACAGCUCGGAGACCUUGACCAGGAUAUAGAGGUAGAAAAACCAAACCACUUUGCGAUGGUGAAUCUAAGAACAGCAGCGCCCACUGUUUGUUUACAGGUUCUCAGUCAGGCUGAAAAGGUCUUAGAAGAAGUCGACUGGCUGAUCACCAAGCUUAAAGGGCAUGUUGGCCGAGAGUCUCUGGCAGAGGAGGCUUCUCAGGAAGGGUCGCCACAACAGGCCCUGGAGAAGGCAGCCAUACUACAGCUGGGGACCCUGCUCACAGCCUUCCACGAGCUGGUGCAGACGGCACUGCCCUCAGGCAGCUGUGUGGAUGGUCUGCUCAGGAACCUCAGCAGAGUCUACACCAUCCUUACAGCUCUUGUGAAAUACUAUCUCCAGGUUUGCCGGAGUUCCGGAGGAAUUCCUAACCGCAUGGAAAAACUGGUUAAGCUCUCAGGCUCCCACCUGACGCCCCAGUGCUAUGCCUUCAUCUCUUAUGUGCAGAACAUCCAGAAUGAAAGCCUAAGCUUUGCAGGAGAGAAGAAGAAGGAGAAAAUUGCUGCUGUUUCCACAGCCAUGGCUAGGGUUCUUCGGGAGACCAAGCCCAUUCCUAACCUAAUCUUUGCCAUUGAACAAUAUGAGAAAUUUCUUAUCCACCUUUCUAAGAAGUCUAAGGUGAACUUAAUGCAGUACAUGAAGCUCAGCACCUCCAGAGACUUCAGAAUCAAUGGGGACAUCUUGGACACAGCUCUCCAGGAGCAAGAAAUUGAUGCUGAGAAUGAAGGAGUGGCCGAUCAGACUGCUGCAUCUGAGCCGAGAAAAGACAGUCAAGAGCCAGCCAAGAAGAAGAGGAAAAAAAAAUGAAAUCCCUGAGGCUACCGUGUGACUUCUGAUCGCUCUAGGACCUAUAAUGCCUUAUUCCUUUUUGGCCUUCAGACUGUGGCCACAGCACUGUGGUUCUGAACCCACCAAAAUGAACUCUACUCUUCUUGGCAUAAUGGAAUGCCUUAUAUAGCAGCACAUAAAUAUUUAUCUAUAAUAAAUAAUUUCUUUUUUUUUCCUCCUUCUUUUGGACAAAUGACUAACACAAGCCCUGUUUCAGACAGGGAGAAGGUAGGUAGGAACCUUCAUCAGUGUUAAUGUUCCACAGGAACAAAUGAGAUGCCUUCAGGUCAUGGCAUGUUCCAGGCUUAGCUUCUUUUCUCCAAGGAGCCUUUGGUGAGUUUAAUUAUUUGAUAAAUAUCCAGUGCUUCACCUAAAAGACAAUUACAGUUAGUUAGAGGGACUUGUCUUGUGACUCAGGAAUGAUUAAAAAUAGGACAGCAGAGUGGCUAAGAAUGUUAGUUCCCCAAAACAGCAAGGUUCUAUCCAAAUAUGGUUUCAUUUGGCAGAAUGAAUCAUAUUUCAUUUUUUUUAAUUAUUUUUUUUAUUGAAAAAACCUCCUAAACUUAAUUCAGCUGUAAUAUCUGCAUUCUUUAGGUAGAAAUGGGAGGACACCAUGCACUCACCUUGGGGGAUCCCAUAUCUCCUUUCUAGUCCAGUUGGGUUGGAAGGCGUCUUACAAUCCAUCGUCACUUCCUUCCUCAAGCAUCGGUCAAUAUCAACUGCACUGAAAAACGCCACAGACUGGGGCAGAUCAUUCAGACCUAGUUUAUAGGCAAACAUGCAUCUGAAAGAGACCAAAUAUUCUUUUAAGUGGACAAUCCCCCAAGUCAAAGACUGACAGAAACCAUCACACCUCUCUAUUUUGCUCUCAAGCCAUUAGAUGUAUGGUUUUCCACAGAAUCCUAAUACCAGCCAUCCAAAGGGCAAUAGGUUCCCCUAAACCUAAACUCCACUGAGUUAACCAAAUUUAGCUUUUUUAAAGAAGGGUGAAAAAACAAGUACCUCAACAUGAAUGAGCAAUAUAGUUUAAUAAUUGUCAUAUUCCUCUAAUUUAACCUAAUCAAUAUCAAAAACUCACAUGAAAGAACAAUUUUCUUUUUAAAAAAUCAGUCAUCAAAACACUGAGACCAGCAAAGUUCCAGAGUUAUGUACCAGUAUGUAAAUAAACUGAUUUUGCUCAGA